AUGAAGAACGAUACGAUGGAGCAGCUGAAAGCGAUUCGGAGCGCGAUUAGCGAGGCUUUCAAAACACCGGAAAUCGUGGCAAUGUUUGCGAAGAAAGAGCCCGGCUUGCUAAGGCUAAAACUCGUCCAGCUAGAAGCUGAUCAUCGUUUACGAAAACUAUCAGAUGAAGCAUACAAUGCUCGGAAACUGGAAAUUUUAUAUGCACUGUACAAGCUGAAUGCUAAUCUCUCGAACGAGGAGCGUGGCAUCAUCGAAAUGGCUUCGAAAAUUCCGGACUUGCAUUUCGAAUUGGCAUCCACGCAUUUGAGUUAUAUUGGUGGUUGUUUUUGA